AUGUACUCACUCACCUGCGCCGACGGCCUGUCACUCGGCAGAGACGUAUAUGUCCUAGACAUCCACAGAACCUCUGUUGGUCUAGCGUCCAUCUCCUCAGACCAGUUCCUCUCUGUACUAGACCCAGCGCGCCUCUCGGCUGGUCCUGUGCGUCGUCUCCAAACUGAUCACGGCAACUUGACGACGCUGCGUGUGUUUGAUAGCAACGCUGCUCUUGUGUGCACGGCUGGUGAGAAUGGAACCGUUGGGGUAUGGGAUUUGAGACAGGGUGCGAACGUUGUGCAGUUUCAAGCAAGCGAGGCUCCUAUCCUGUCUAUGGCUUGUAAUCUUGACACAAAGACAAUUGCCGUGGGAACAGAACUGCAGAACCACACAGCAUCGAUCCAUCUUUGGGACGUCCGUUCUACCCCAUCCUCCAAAGCACACUACCAAGAAGUCCACAGUGACGACGUGACAGACCUAUCUUUUAACCCUUCCAACCCAGCUCUUCUCAUGUCAGGCUCAACCGACGGUCUAGUCAAUGUGUACGACACUCGCGUUGCUGACGAAGACGACCUGAUCGUGCAGACAUGCAACGCCGAUGCAUCUGUCCACCGAGCCGCGUGGCUCUCUGCAACAGAAGUAGCCACUCUGUCUCACGAUGAACGCUGCGCUCUUUACGACGUCAGCGAGGAGCACGCCAACGGCGACGCUGUGCAGGACUUUGGGGACAUGAGGGCCGUUCUGGGAUGUCAGUACGUCGCGGACAUUACGCCCAAGAUGGACGGCACCGGAGCUGUUCUCGGCGCCGGAGCUCAAGACAAGCAAGCAUUUGAGCUAGUCUUCCUGGCAAAGAACCCCAGUGGUGAGGGAUGGGCGCUGGAUCGGGAAAACAGUGUUAGUUUGCCUGGCGCUCAUGGAGAGGAGAUUGUGCGGUCGUUUUGCUUCUUUGAUGAAGAACAUGUUGUUUACACAGCUGGAGAGGAUGGAAAUGUCAAGGCUUGGAGGCCCAAUUGA